AACCCAUCAAUAUUCCAAAAAAGCAAUUGAGCUCAGGCAUCAAUUCAUCAAUUAUUCAAAAUGACCGAAGACGAAAUUCUCUUUGACGAUGUUUACGAGCUCUGCGAGGUCAUUGGCAAGGGACCAUUCUCCAUAGUAAGACGUUGCAUACACAGGGAGUCCAAUCAGCAGUUUGCUGUCAAAAUUGUUGAUGUGGCCAAGUUCACGGCGAGUCCAGGACUGAGCACAGCGGAUCUAAAACGCGAAGCCACAAUAUGUCACAUGCUAAAGCAUCCGCACAUUGUCGAGCUACUGGAAACCUACAGCUCAGAGGGCAUGCUCUACAUGGUUUUCGAGUUCAUGGAAGGCUCCGACUUGUGCUUCGAGGUUGUGCGACGCGCCGUUGCUGGCUUUGUCUACAGCGAGGCUGUGGCUUGCCAUUAUAUGCGGCAGAUAUUGGAAGCAUUGCGAUAUUGCCAUGAAAACGACAUUCUUCACAGAGAUGUGCGACCCGCUUGUGCUCUGCUUGCCACUGUGGAUAACUCGGCGCCAGUGAAAUUGGGUGGCUUCGGUUCAGCUAUUCAAUUGCCUGGAACGCGAGAAACCAUAGAAACACAUGGCCGUGUGGGUUGUCCGCAUUAUAUGGCGCCAGAAGUGGUGACCAGGCGACUGUAUGGCAAAGGUUGCGAUGUCUGGGGCGCUGGAGUCAUGUUGCAUGUCCUCCUCUCCGGUCGAUUACCAUUUCUAGGCUCUGGUGUGAGAUUGCAGCAGUCGAUUGCUCGUGGCAGGCUAUCGUUUGAGGCGCCAGAAUGGAAAUCAAUUUCAGCCAAUGCCAAGGAUCUAGUCAUGAAAAUGCUGGCAACCAAUCCACAUCACAGACUAUCUAUAACCGAGGUGCUGGAGCAUCCCUGGAUACGCGAUCGAGACAAAUUACAGCGAACGCAUCUCUCAGAGACUGUAGAGGAAUUGAAACGUUACAAUGCCCGGCGCAAACUGAAGGGAGCUGUCCAGGCAAUAGCUGGUGGCACUAAUAUGGAUCCCCUCUAUGCCACCGAUGCGGCAGAUAUGCCCAUUUCUGGGGUACCCGACGAAUGGGCCGACGAGGAAGCGGGCAUUGAGGCUGUUCAACGUAUUUUAGAUUGCCUAGAUGAUAUUUAUUCACUGCAGGAUGCGCAUGUGGAUGCCGAUGUGCUGCGUGAUAUGCUACGAGAUGGUCGGCUACAUCAAUUUCUACAGCUUUUCGAUCGCAUUGGCUCCACAGUCAUAACGAGCAAUGGCCGAGCACCCAGUGCCGAGGCUGUGGCACGUAGUCGUGAUGUUCUCGAGCUGCUAUCGGCUGUGGGCGCCAAUGUGGGCAAUAAGUAUGCCAAGGAUGAACUGAUGCUGCUUCUCGCCUCCCCCCAUAUGCAGGCUCUGCUCCACACCCAUGAUGUGGUCGCACGGGAUGUCUAUGGUGAGGAGGCGCUGCGUGUUACUCCGCCCCCCAUGGUGCCGUAUCUCAAUGGCGAUGAACUGGACAAUGUUGAGGGCGGCGGCAGCGGUGAACUGCAGCAUGUGACCCGAGUGCGUUUAGUGCAAUUUCAGAAGAAUACCGAUGAGCCCAUGGGCAUCACACUGAAAAUGACCGAAGAUGGGCGUUGCAUUGUCGCUCGCAUUAUGCACGGCGGAAUGAUACAUCGACAGGCCACCUUACAUGUGGGCGAUGAGAUUCGAGAGAUAAAUGGCCAACCAGUGCAACAUCAAUCGGUUGGACAAUUGCAACGAAUGCUGCGCGAGGCACGCGGUUCGGUUACCUUUAAAAUAGUUCCUUCGUACCGUAGCGCACCGCCGCCAUGUGAGCUUUUCAGGAUCAGACCCGCCCCAGUGCUUAUAUUCGUGCGGGCGCAAUUUGAUUAUAAUCCGCUAGAUGAUGAGCUUAUACCCUGUGCCCAGGCGGGCAUUGCAUUCCAAGUGGGCGAUAUACUACAGAUCAUUAGCAAAGACGACCAUCACUGGUGGCAGGCAAGACUGGAUACGGUUGGUGGAUCGGCGGGACUGAUACCCUCACCGGAACUGCAAGAAUGGCGUAUAGCCUGUCAGACGGUUGAUAAAACCAAACAGGAGCAAGGAGAACCGGGUGCUGGAUGUUCCGCUCACGCAGAUGGGUGUGAUGGAUCCACAGUAAACUGUUCCAUAUUCGGGCGUAAGAAGAAGCAAUGCCGAGAUAAAUAUCUGGCCAAACAUAAUGCCAUAUUUGAUACGCUCGAUGUGGUUACAUACGAAGAGGUUGUCAAAGUACCAGUGGGUGAUCCAAAUUUCCAGCGUAAAACCUUGGUGCUAUUGGGUGCACAUGGUGUUGGUAGGCGGCAUAUUAAAAAUACUUUAAUAUCCAAAUAUCCGGAUAAGUACGCCUAUCCCAUACCACAUACAACGAGACCUGCUAAGCCCGAGGAGGAGAAUGGACGUAGCUAUUACUUUGUGUCGCAUGACGAAAUGAUGGCUGAUAUUGGUGCCAAUGAAUACUUGGAAUAUGGAACUCAUGAGGAUGCCAUGUAUGGCACCAAAUUGGAUACCAUUCGACGCAUACACACUGAGGGUAAAAUGGCCAUAUUGGAUGUUGAGCCGCAGGCGCUUAAAAUUCUCCGCACCGCUGAAUUUACACCCUAUGUAGUGUUCAUAGCGGCACCCUCGUUGCAGAAUAUUGCAGAUUAUGAUGGAAGCCUAGAGCGUCUGGCCAAGGAAUCGGAUAUGCUGCGUCAGCUAUAUGGCCAUUUCUUUGACUUGACCAUUGUGAACAACGAUAUUAGUGAGACAAUUGCGACACUAGAAACGGCCAUUGAACGUGUACAUACCACUCCGCAAUGGGUGCCCGUCUCCUGGCUCUACUGACAAGACAGUGAGCUGGAAUGCCCCGAUUGUCUGGAGGGCUGCGAUUGUGAAUGGGAUGCAUAUACACAGGCAUCGAAUGUGGCCCUCUAUUAAGUAACAGGAGGAGCGCCCACACACACACACAUACACUUGCAAACAAACACCACAUACACACACAGAGAGACGACGACACCAUUAAAGUAUUACCAUGGCACAAAAACAAGUCAACACAAGCAGCAGCAACAACAACAAGAGAAAACAAAAUCACUGUAAAAGUGGUUUUAAAGCGCCUGGCGCUUAGCUAUAUAGACAAAUGUAAUGGGUAUUAUGGGAACUGCAGUCGCAACGCAAAGACAGAAUGUUAAUUUUUAACAAUCAAUUGGAUUUGCCCUCUUUAUGUAUUAAGUA